AUGCCUAACACCUCCUACAAUCAGUUCGGUACAGGCAGAAGUUUGAGUACAUCACACAAUCCUCUAGUGCAACAUGGUAUCAACGGUGCUGACAUGUUACUAAACCGAUCGGACGAGCCUCCAGAAUCUCAAAACGGUUGUGCUCGAGUAACGCCAAUACUUUCUCAAAGAUUUGGAUUACAUUUUAAUCGAAGGUUCACCAUGCCGCACGGAGCUCCUUAUCCGCUUCGCCCUUCUCCAGAGCGUCGUCCAUCUGGAGUUUCAGAAUGUUUCAGUGGUUUAGAAGUUCCACAAAAACCUCCGCGCCCAUAUAAACCGUACAUCCCUCGUAAGAGCCGCAAGCAAUUUCAGUUUCCAAAAAUUGUUGCAACAGUACCGCCGCCUUUGCCGACACCACCUCCGCCACCUCCACCGCAAUCAGUACCGCCGCAACCGCAACCAACCACAUCAGAACAGACAGUUCCGCUCACAUCAGAAGGUUCUUCAAACUGUUCAACAGCGCCACCGGCUGCCCGAAAUCAGCAAGUACUCACCGGGAAUGAAGAAAGAGUGGAUACGGCACUUGCAGCGAAAACGAUGGAUAUCGACGAGUUUAAGAAAAAGUUUCCUCACGGUACCUCCGUUCGUGAUAUUCUGACUUCGGGAUGGUACAAGGAUCAGGCAACUGGAAAAUAUUAUAUGGAAAACGAACCACCUCCUCGCAAUGUGAGUUUGACAAUCACAACGUUCUCAUGUUCAGUUUUUUUACAGGAAGAACAAUUAGAAGACACAACAACAUCAACUUCUGAUCGAUCUCCACAAGAAUCAGGAUCGAGUGAAGCAAACCAAGAACAGCAAGUGAUGCCAGUAGUUAAUUCGAAAAGUAAUUGGAGAGUGAGUUUUAUGGGGCAAUCCACAAGAGGAAGACCAGUAACAAGAGGCAGAGGCAAUUCACACUUACCUCACCAGAUUCACUACAUGCCAUCACAGAGUCACUCCAUUCCGAGAAAUGCCCAACAGCAGCAUUUGCUACCUGUCAAGGUAAAACGCGAGCUAAUUGAAGUCCUCACAUUAAAUAAUUUCAAGAUUCAACAAGAGCCUGUCUAUCAUCCAUCACAUAGAAAUCAUCCACACAAUUUAAUGCCACCUGUUUCUCACGCGAUGGCGAUGAGCAUGCAAAAUCAUCUCAUGCAUGUUCCAGGGCAGGGUAUGGUUCAAUUUCCAUUGUUGCACGCUCAACAAAUGCAGCAACAUUUGCAACAGCAAUUGCAACACCAAAUGCAGCACCACUUGCAACUACAAAUACAACGACAAAAAAUUUCUCAACAACAAUUCAUGCAACGUCAGCAACUUCCACAGUCUCCACAAAUGAAACCGAACCUGACAAAUAUGCAACAAUCUUAUGAUCACACUCAGCACAUGCCACAGCAGCAAGGUUCCCCACAACAAUCACCGAAUAAUCUACUGCAAACUCCAGCUAUUUCUGGAACAACUACCGAUUCACGAUCUCAAUCACUUCCUCCUCCUUCAAAACAAUCAGCCAACGCCGCUGCUCAACCGGAGGUUACUCGAUUGGGGGAGAAAACACAACUCGACUCUGCAGGAAGAAAACCAAUUACACCAACAAAGCCGAAUAUUCUUCGGAAAAAUCAAAGUUCUGAUGACACCACGACACAGUUACCUAGUUGCGAUACACCUUCCAUUGAAAUUUCUCCGGCUACAGCGUUACCGAUUAGUUCCAAUCAAAUUUCAGUCCUUAUCCCAGCAGAAAAUAUGCGGCAAGUAGCUGUGCAAGAAGUGGUGAGUGGACCUUCCGAAGCGCCGCCUCGCAAACGAGAAAGGAAGCAAGUGUUUGAGCCGGACGGUCCCUACCAAUUAUCUCAACUCUAUUCUCUCAUUCAGGAGGAAACCCAAACUGCAGACACCAUUGGCUCCACAAUUGAAACAGUUGCCAACCCGUCGUUCCAAUUCUUCCCCGGUGUAGAAUCUUUUGAUCAUAAAAUUAGACAAAUGAUCACGAAAGCUCCUAGGAUGGAGCCUACAAAAAAUCUUGCAAUAGAUUCCGGGAGGGUUUCUGAAGUUGAGAAAAUGCAAGUUUCCAACAUCUCAUCUGUGAAGCUUCCCAACAUUGAGUCCGUAACCUCAGGGGUCAAAUCAGAACUGCUCAAUUUCAAUCAACUUGCGAUGAAUAUUAAGCAAGAAAUUCUUGAUACUGAAAACCCUUCACCACCCAAAAAAGUCAGAGGAAGGCCUCGCAAAAAUCAAGUUCCAGCUCAAGUUCAAGUUCCAGUAUCCCUUCAAGAUCAAGUUCAGGAAGCAUUAUUGUUGCUACAACAGCAAUUAAUGUUCCCAACAGAGCAAUCGCCGCAGCUUCCACCGCCGUCGCCACCGGCUCCGCCAAAACCAAAACAGCACAGAAAACCGUCAACUCCCAAACAACCAAAAGAUACAAGUUCGAAGCCAGGAGCAAAAAAAAAAUCAAAAACUUCGAAACAGCAAGAAGAAUCGAGCACAUUUCCAGAGAUAAAACAAGAAGAAGAGGACGAGGAAACUUCCGAAAAAGAACGUUUGGCUUUACUCCAAGCUCUACCGACAAAUCUGCUAAACGCAAUUGAAGCUCAAAAAGUGGUGGAUGCACAAGAGCAAGAAAGAGAUAAAGAGAAAGAAAGUUAUAAAGAGAAAUCAAAAAAAACACCGAGGAAAUAUACCAAAAGAGCAAAUAAACCAUCGAACUUGUUCGAAGAAGCUGACUUUGCUGGUAACCGGGUGUUCCUUCAAUCAAUGGCACACAUGGAUGCUAGUGGGCUAUUUUCUGGAGUCAAUCCUCACACCGGCGAGCAAAUUCAUCCAACUAGUGAGACUAUUGCGGGAAUGUUACCUAUUUCGAUUUUAUCUCAUCAUGAGGACCCACCGAUAAAGGAAAUUGACGACGAGUUACCUCCUCCACCAAUUGCUACUGCAGUUGCAACAUCAGGAACACCGCUGACCUUGAACAUCUAUGAGUACCCACCGAAAUUUGUUGCUGCUCCAGUUUGGACUGAUGAUACGGGACCGUUAGUACCUAUUUUCAUGUAUCAAAAUGACAAAAAGAUUGAACGACAAAAUAAUCAUACCGAUGAUGAGGAGAAUGAAGCCGCAAACAUUGACCAAGUUAAUAGAGAUGAGACACAAGAAGAGGUCCCAUACGUCCCGAAAGUCAUCACCAAAGCCGCUCUCAAAUUUGUGCCACCAAUUGCCAAAAAACGAGGUCCACGAAAACUAAAGGUUGUGUUCGCGGAAACGCCAUUUGAACCACCUGCCCCUUGGAAGCCAAUGGAAAAUGCUUUGCGGAGAGUUGCCCCAAAAUUGCCUCGGAAACUGCUCAAAAACAGCGUUCAUAUUAUUCCGAAAACAAUUGAUUUUUGUCAGCCGAUUGCAAAAGUAAAAUUGGCCAAGAAACGCAGUUCUGAAAAAACAAGGAAAUGGCUGAAAAUGAACCAAGGUGUACAAAUUGUUCAACUCUUGAAGUAUUUCAAGAAACAUUUAAUCACGUUUGACAAGAUGUUAUUUGAUGAAAAGGAAGCUCCAAGUUUGCUGAAAAUUAUGAUGGAGACAAUUAUCGAAGAAGAAAAAAACAUUUACUCGGAAAAAAUAAACGAUGUGCUCGAUGAAGUGGUUGAUGAUUGUUGUGACGCUUGUUUUGAAGAGAGCACGGGACGCGUUACUUCUCAUUCCACAAAUGUGCUAAACUUCCGUGUUGAUCGAACUGGUUUAGAUAGUACCUCACGAUGGAAAGCGUGGAAUACAAAGGUUACGCAGAGAAUAAACCAGCAAACCAAGUCUGAAAUGGUUGACAGUAGGCUCACAACGAUUGACACUUACUCAGGAUUGUUCUCCAAUAAAAUUCGAAAGAUUCUUCAUCCGAAAUUGAGAAAAGAGGCAAUUCAAAUUUGUCGUGACAUUAUGAAACUACGAUCGCGAUUGGAGAUUGGCAGUGGUUCUCGUCCAAGAAAGGGUACAACUUUGGAGCCAAAAACAAUAUGUCACCUGAAAUUAAAUGCACUGGAAAUGCGCUCAGCAACUUAUGUAGCGAGGAAAAAUGAACAUAGGAAUUGUCAAUUAGCAGAAAUGAUCACAACAUGGGAAAAAGCUGCGAAAAAGUUCGACACCAGCAAAACCGUCCAAGAGAAAGUUGAUGCCCAUGAAAUAAUCGCGAAAUGCACAAAAUCGCUGACUUGUUCUCUCGAUCUUCAUGAUGCCUAUAUCGAUGUUUGCAUGUUUGUUGCAAGGCUGCAAGUUCUCUAUUACCACGCUUGUCAGUUGCACGAGAAUUUUGACAAGGAAACAAAAGAACUGAAAGAAGUUUAUCUGUCGAUAGAGGAUACGGAACAUUUGUUGAUCUUAAGUGAAGCCAAGGUGAAACUGUUGAGCGAAUGUCGUAAACAAUCGAGAAUCGACUUGAUCACUACCUAUAUAGAAGGAGAUGCCAUGAACGUGGAAAAAGACAGACUCAAACGAUUACAAGAAUCUGAUGCAGAUGCUGAAUCUAUUGCUAUGUCUGAAGAGAAACUGAAAGCUAAAAAGGCUCAAUUUGUUAGAAGCUGCGAAGAUAUUGGCUUAGAAAAAGUUAUGAAACAAUAUUUGAAAGCAACAUCUAAGGAAAAAUCCAAAGAAAAGUUGAAAAUUGAGGAUGCGAAAUCAAUGCCGAUAAGGAAGAAUGUAUUUCACUUGUGCAAUGAUGGUGGUUAUGUGUACUCACGCGAGAUUGCACCGAAGUUUUUGUCUAAUGAAUGCCGUGCUCUAUCCCUCAUGCAAAUGGCCAUCACUCAUUCUUUGCCAACCAACAUUGUGGAUGAAAAAUUCCGAAGUUUUGCGGAUGCUGAAAAACGUGAAGCUAAAAAAAUUGUGAUAUCAAUGGUUCAACAAUGUCGUAUGGAACUUUACAGUUUUGAUCAGAGACGCCAAUGUCUUAAUAUGGAAGCUUCCCAAUUAAAAUAUGAGAGGCUCAAGGAAGAUCAGGAAACGGACUUUGGACAAACUGACCAGCAAAUGAUGCGAUCGAUUCGAGAAAAAGUGUUCCAGCUUGGAGAAGCUGUGAAAGAAAAUCAAUUGGCUGUAUUCAACCCAUCAACUCAUGACCAAGAAGAAUUAGAUUUGAAAGUACAAGAAUCAAUCAAAGCGUUUCAGAAGAAGAAACGCGAACAAGCGUUUAAACGGCGUUAUUUGGCUGACUAUUUAUCUGAUACUACGUUAGGUUGGGAAACUCACGAUGUGAAUAAACAGAAAAUCAUGAGAAUCGAGCAGUAUCGAAAACGGAGGGAUGAUAUCGAGCAAAGCCAAGAGAUUGUGUGCGGUCAUAUGGAAACCCAGAUGAAAAAGAAUCCCGCAAAUCCAUUCUAUGCAGAAUACGAGAAGCUCUGCACAGAAGAAGUUACCAGUUUUGAAACCGAAACUGAUGAUAUCGGACCUCUUGUCAACUCAAUAAAAGAGUUGAGCAGCCACAUUCGAAUGGCUGAAACAGAAGAAAUUCGGAAGAAAUAUCAGGAGCUGUUGGACAUGCAAAAAACGACGUAUCAGGCGUUGCAACAGAAGAAAAGAGCGGACAGACGAGAUAUGCUGAGAAACAAUGAAAAAAAUGCCAAACGGUGGAGUCAAAUUGAUUUGAAUUUCCGCGAAAUACUGAACGAACUCGAAUUUUAUUCCGGACACGAAAUUGAUCAAUUAGAGAAAAAUGAUGUUUCCAUUCUCGACACAACCUUCAUCACACAAAAUCAUUCUGGAAAGAGUUAUUUUCAAAAACGAUGA